AUGUCCACCUUGUCGAUAUCGGCACAGCCUUACCUGGAUGGCCUACCUCUAGAAGUCGUCGAGGAGAUCGUCACGCUCCUGGACCUUACCGACGUGUGCAAAUUCCGCUUGACCUCGAAAGAGCUUGCAGCAAAGGCAUCCCAUGGACGUUUCAAGACCUUCUUCCGCCACAAAGAGAUAGACGUGGACGACUUGAAGAAGAUUGAGAGCUUCAUGCGAAUGACACAGUCGGGAGGUCUUGGAUGCCUCUUGGAGACUUUGUCGCUUGUUCGCUAUGAUUUCCCCGAGAGCCGAAACGUCCAAGGUAGCUCGACCAUUGCGGCUUUCACAGAUUGCUUCAAGAACCUCGAACAACACUCUCGCGCCAAAAGUUUGCGGGAGAUCGUUCUGGACAUCUGGGCUAAAGACGACACAGGAGAGCGAUGUGCGCCCAACAGAAAGCAUUGGAGGCAUAUAUGGCUGCUGGCCGGAGCCCUGUAUCGAGAUGCAAUGGCGGCAGUCUCGGAGAGUGAGCUGCUGGUAGAGGGACUAUGCUUCUUUGCAACAACCGGCAACUGCAGCUUGGGAUUCGACGAGUUCGCGUCUUGCCCGACUUUCCUAUAUACUCCAAUUGCUACGUUGAAGAGCUUAUCGCUCAGUCUUUCCUCAUCUGCAUCGCUGAUUGCAUUGGAAGGUCAGGACACAGAGCUAGCUAGCAACCACGUGGAGCAAUUCACAUCCUUUCUCAAGCUUCUUAUUGGACUGGAAAGGCUAGAUCUGCACUGA